GGAUCCAAAUAAUUUCUAUAUUUUUAAUAACAUAUUUCAUAGAAUCAAUAUUAUGCGAGAAUCAAUAUUCUAGCAACAUUGAGAAAAAUACACCAGUGUUCAGCUAUCAAAUUUGUGCAUCAUGAAACUGAGGAAUUUUUUUUUUUUUUUAAUUCGAACAUUAGCGGCCACCUGUUCGGAAAUGACAGUUAUCCUUUCGACACUCGAAAUUUAGCAUCUUGUUCACUUGGCAACUGUUCGGAGAAAGCUUGAAAUUUUGUGGUGUGGAUUGUUUUCAUUUUGUUAUUUUGAGUUUAGGUCUUUGUAAUAAAAGGGGAAUAAAACAGGAGACCAGUGCACCAACAAGAUGACAGACCGAGAUCUAGCCAGGGAGAAGGCAGCCAAGCUGUUAAAGAAACAGGGCUCAGUAUCGUCCCUCGCCAGUAGCGAAAUUGUCAAAUUCCACAAAGUUGGGUCUAUGAGCACAGUUUCUGUCACUGAGGAUACAGGCCACCAUGAUUUUAAGCCUCCAGUCAGAUUUGAAAAUACAUAUCAACUUGCACCAGGCAAGAAAUUCCCAGCAGCCAAAGUGAAGAAUGUCAUUCGAGAUGUGAUUGAAGGGUACCUAGCAGAAGAAAAAUAUGAACCAGAACUGUGCAGACAGAUGACAAAAACCCUAUCAGAGAUUAUAAAGGCAAGGGUUAAAGAAAUGAUGAUCCCUCGAUUCAAAAUAAUCUGCACAGUCCAUAUAGGAGAAUUGAAAAGCUCAGGAUUAUGGGUAGGAAGCAGGUGCUUAUGGGAUGCAUCAUGUGACACUUAUUCCACAUUUGAAUACCGCAACAAGACAUUGUUUGCAAUAGGAACUGUUUUUGGGAUCUAUUAUGAGUAAAUGUGACACUGCGAGAGGAAUUUUACCUGAGUCAUUGUUUGCAGUUUUCAAAAUCAUCUUAAAUUCACAGUUCAGUUGGAUGUGCAAGUCAAAUUAUGAAUCCCCAGCAUUAAAAUCAAUGUGGUGAUCCCAUGUUGAGGAUAUACAGACAUCUUUCUGCAGUACAGCUGGAAAUAAGAUACAUUCCCCUGUGUUCUUCAUCUAAAGGGACAUGUUUAUAUAUUGUUUUGAUUUUGACCAAAGGUCAAGUCUAUACUCAAAUGUGUAUCUUUUAAGUAUAAUUCAUUGGGCAUGUUGAGUGAAAUAUUACUGAAAUACACAUUUGUCUCGAUGGAGAUGUUAUCAUGAUCAUGUGACUCCAGUACAGCUCCUCUGAUGUUGUAAUAUGAUAUUUACCACAUCUAUAUUUUGCUUUGAAUUGUUUAUAUCUUAAAUGUUAAAUUGAAGAUUUUUCAGUGUCUUGAUUUAUAAUCUGAUCAUAUUGAAAUUUAUUCUUUGCAAUUUAAACACAGGGCCCACCUGUGUAAGCAGUAAAGCAUUAAGCAAUAUAUUAUAUAUGGCGUCUAUACAGAGUAUUUCAUGUUGGACUUUAUGAGGUUGUGAUAUUCAUUUUUUUUUCUCUCUUUACAUGAUCUAUAUCAGCAGUCUGUGAAUCUGUUGAUCACUGCCAGUCUUUUCCGGGGCAGCCUUACUGAUCUAGCACAUUCUGAAACUUGAAUUUGUUUCUCAUUUUGUGGUACUUUUGCCAAAAUCUCCUCAAUACCAGUGCGUAGAAUUACUCAGAUAAUUUCAGCAUUACAACAAAAGUCAAAAUUAAUUAUUUAUAGGUUAUCUGAAGUCAAGCUGCUUGUCUCGUAAUGCCAAAAUUGGUGAAUAUUAGAUUGUGAUAGCUCAAAAUUAAUUAUUGGAGAACUGUAAAUGCAUUUUAUGUUUGUUUUUUAAAAGAUUCUGGGUAACGGACAAUUAUUUGGUUGUAAACAUGUGUAAUAUAGUCAUAUGAACAAUUAGAACUUUUGUCAUAUCUGAAUUUUCAAAAUGUUAUUUGAAGGGUUGAAAAAUCUCAAUAUGUGUCCUUAAUUUUUGUGAUAAAUUAAAUGAAUUAGGCUGAAUCAUUUACAUUGACUUAUCAUUCAUUACACAUUUUGAUUUAUUAAUUUUCUUACAAUGUAUUUGCUAUGCAUUUAUAUAUUUUUAUACACCCUUUUUUACCUAGCAAUACAACUGUCUCAGUGUUCUAUAUUCUCAUGUAUUCAAAGAAUGUGAUAUAAAUUGUGAAUAUUUUCAGUACUGUGUAAUAUAUUACUGUCAGACAACAUUUGAUUUGAGGAAAAUGACUGUGAUUGUUUAGGAUAUGUACAUGUAAUGAUUUAAUAUUGAUGUGAUUGUUGCUGAUUAAGCAGAGCUUCUUAAAGCUUGUCAUGCAAGUGCUCUCUCCGUGUUCAUUAUCAAAUUAUCUAUAAGAGUAUAUUUGUAUAUACCUGUCCAGUUUUGUAUUUAUUGGAAGCACCUUGUCCUUUUUAGAGAUGAGAAAUUGAAAUAAAUGGUUUAUAUACACAUAUGUAAUGAAA